UUGUCUAGUGCUGGAAAUGCUAGGAUGGAUAUGGUCUCCCGGCCAUCAGAUAUUUCUGUGGAUGGUUUUGAAUCUUCAGUCUCGCUUUUGAGCUCACAAGUUGAUCCAGCUGGUGACUCAGCCAGUCUUCAAUUUGCUAAAUCACUACCAACCUCAGAAUUGAAUCUGGUUGAACCCUCUGACGGUGCUAUGAAAGAAAUUGGAACGUCACUGCAGACAUUGACUUCAGCUGCUACCAUGGAACGAGUUGGUGGAAAUAAUAUUACACAGCCUUCUCUGUCCACGAGAGAUGCACUGGAUAAGUAUCAGAUUGUUACUCAGAAGAUGGAGGAAUUAGUGGCUAAUAAUGCAGGAGAUGAUGAAAUUCAGGCCGUAGUUUCUGAAGUUCCUGAAAUUAUCCUCAGAUGUAUAAGCAGAGAUGAAGCCGCUUUUGCUGUCGCUCAAAAAGCUUUCAAGGCUCUUUAUGAGAAUGCAUCAAGUAACCUUCACGUCAGUGCUAACCUAGCAAUACUUGUGGCUAUUCGUGAUGUUUGCAAGCGUGUCGUUAAAGAGCUCACUAGUUGGGUGAUUUAUUCAGAGGAGGAGCGGAAGCUUAACAAAGACAUUACUAUUGGUCUUAUUCAACGCGAGUUGCUCAGCCUAGCGGAGUACAAUGUCCACAUGGCGAAGCAUCUUGAUGGAGGGAGAAACAAGAGCGCAACUGACUUUGCUAUUUCUCUACUCCAAUCCUUGGUCACUGAAGAGUCCAGUGUCAUUUCAGAGCUCCACAGUCUUGUUGAUGCGCUGGCAAAGCUUGCCUCAAAAUCCGGAUCUCCUGAGUCGUUGCAACAGUUAAUUGACAUCAUACGAAAUCCAGUUACUAACUCAGCUGGCCUCUCUGAUAGUGCAACCGGAAAUGAGUACAAUGAUAGGCAAAAGGAUGAAAAGGUUGCGUGCAAUACCACUUCUAACACAGAUGUGAAUACCAGCUUGGAUUAUGUGGAAUCAGAUCCUGCGGGCUUCCGGGAUCGGGUGUCCACGCUUUUUGAAAGCUGGUAUCAAAUCUGCGAACUUCCGGGUGCAAAUGAAACUGCUUGUUCACAAUAUGUCCUUCACUUGCAUCAGACUGGAUUCCUCAAGGGUGAUGAUACGACAGAGAGUUUUUUCCGAACUCUUCUGGAAAUUUCUGUUGCUCAUUGUAUAUCUUCUGAAGAUAUAAGUUCUGGUGCUGUGCAAUCUCCUCAGCAAGCUCAGAGUCCAUCAUUCCUCGCCAUCGAUAUGUAUGCAAAGCUUGUUUUUUCAAUCUUGAAGUAUUUCCCUGAGCAGGAGUCCAGCAGCAAGUUAUUUCUUCUUUCGGAGAUCAUGGCUGUCACUGUGAGAUGUAUACAAAAGGACGCUGAAGAUAAAAAGACAUCACUCAAUCCAAAACCAUAUUUUCGAUUGUUCAUCAACUGGCUGCUGGACUUAUGUUCCUUGGAUCCUGGGACUGAUGGUGCAAACUUUCAGGUUCUCACAGCUUUUGCCAACACAUUCCACGCGUUGCAGCCUCUUAAGAUUCCUGCUUUCAGCUUUGCAUGGCUAGAGCUUGUCAGCCACAGAAGCUUCAUGCCCAAACUACUUACAGUAAAUGGCCAGAAGGGUUGGCCAUAUGUUCAACGCCUGCUGGUGGACUUGCUCCAGUUUCUUGAGCCAUUUUUAAGAAAUGCUGAACUCGGAGUACCAGUUCAUUUCCUAUACAAAGGGACAUUGAGAGUGUUGCUGGUGCUGCUUCAUGACUUCCCAGAAUUUCUCUGUGAUUAUCAUUUUACUUUCUGUGAUGUGAUUCCUUCAAGUUGCAUACAAAUGCGGAAUAUUAUUCUCAGUUCUUUUCCACGGAACAUGAGGCUUCCAGAUCCUUCUACCCCGAACUUAAAGAUUGAUUUGUUGCCUGAGAUUGUAGAAGCUCCCUGUAUCCUUUCCGAGGUUGAUGCUGCGCUAAAAGGAAAGCAAAUGAAAAAUGACGUGGAUGAGUAUCUUAUGUCGAGGCAACAGAAUUCAACUUUCCUUAGUGAGCUGAAACAGAAGUUACUUCUCUCGUCAAGCGAGGCUACUUCAGCUGGAACACGUUACAGUGUACCAUUGAUCAACUCGCUUGUGCUAUAUACUGGAAUGCAGGCUAUUCAGCAGCUACAGGCGGGUGAGACACAGGCUCAAAAUGUUGUGGCCUUACAGAUGUUUAAGUAUUUAAGUAUGGAACUUGAUACGGAAGGACGUUAUCUGUUCCUUAAUGCCAUUGCUAACCAGCUUCGAUAUCCCAACAACCACACACAUUACUUUUCCUUCAUCAUGCUCUAUCUCUUCUUCGAAUCUGACCAGGAGAUCAUACAGGAACAAAUAACAAGAGUGCUGUUGGAAAGGCUCAUUGUGAACCGACCACAUCCAUGGGGCCUCCUAAUCACAUUCAUUGAGCUCAUCAAGAAUCCAAGAUAUGGCUUCUGGAAACAAGCCUUCAUUAGGUGUGCGCCUGAGAUUGAGAAACUCUUUGAAUCUGUAGCCAGAUCCUGUGGUGGCCUCAAGCCUGUAGACGAGGGAAUGGUCUCUGGUUGGGUCUCAGACAAUUCUCAUUAGCCCUGCCUUUAAAUUUGUAUAUGUGUAUGCGUAUUUUGACUUUCUGUUGUAACAAUAUAGGAGAGCUUUUAGGAGUCUAGUUUUUCUUUGAUCAUCAAGAUUCAUAAUUUUUCCUAAUUACAAGAAAAAGAAAGGAUUUUGCUGUAUUGCUCAUAAGGUGACUUUCCAAAUUAGUUUGGAACAUGAACUAGUACAUUCACCUCUU